CCUGGCGCUGGGAGUUGCCCGGCGCGCACCAGCUGAUCGCGGCCCCUCCUAUCAGGCCGGGCCCGGGGAAAGGAGCGGGGAGGCAGCCCUGCCCAUAGCGGCGGGGCGAGCGAGCCAUGUCAGAGUUCCAGAUUUCGGUGGAAGAGCUCAACGACCUGCUGGCCAACGGCAGCGGCUGCUACAGCCUCCCCAGCGCGCACAGCAACGAGGUGGCGCCCCGCAUCCACGUGGGCAACGCGUUCAUAGCUAAGAAUGUUAUGCGCCUGCAACGCCUGGGCAUCACCCACAUCCUGAACGCGGCGGAAGGCAAGUCUUUCAUGCACGUGAACACCAAUGCCGAGUUCUACGAAGGCACAGGCAUCACUUAUCAUGGCAUCAAGGCCAACGACACCCAGGAGUUCAACCUCAGCCGCUACUUUGAGGAAGCCGCCGAUUUCAUCGAGAAGGCGUUGGCACAGAAAGAUGGCCGGGUGUUUGUCCACUGCCGCGAAGGCUACAGCCGCUCGCCGACGCUGGUCAUCGCUUACCUCAUGCUGCGGCAGAACAUGGAUGUCAAGAGCGCCGUCAGCAUCGUCCGGCAGAAGCGGGAGAUCGGCCCCAACGAUGGCUUCCUCCGGCAGCUGUGCCAGCUCAACGACCGAUUGGUGAAGGAAGGCAAGCUGAAGAAGCCGUAACGGCCGCCACCGCUUGCCCUCUCUUGCCGGAACUCCCGUUCGUUGCUUUCGGUUGCCAGCUCCAACUGCCAGGCCGCGCGAGGGAGGCAGGGGUCCCCUUCUGGUUUCUCCUGCUGCCCUGGGUGGCGCCAGAGGGCGCUGCUGCAAUAUUGAAACGCCCAGCGCCCAGGCGCCGGCUUGUCUCUUGUGUCUUUUCUUUUUUUAGUUUGGAAUCCGCCCAAUAUAACGCGUGUGAUUUUGUGUGUGUGA